CUCUCUUCUCCACUAUGGACAGAGCCACCGUGGAGCGGCUGCCUGUCCGCUACAGACCCGGCUGACAUGGGCACCGUCGGAGCAACGCCAUUGUGCUGGGCCAUCCUUGGCUUCCUCCUACUCCAAGGCCACCACUCCCAGCCCACUACAAUGCAGACAUCUCGCCCUCAGGGAGCCUUCAGCCAUCAAAGUCUAACCACAAAGCUACUUUCUUCCAACAUAGGAGACAGCCCUUCCUCAGAGCCCAGCAGCCCAAGCCCUCUGGCCAGCACUGGGACCCCAGCAGCUCCAGAGAAGGCCUCACAGGUCCUCAUGGUAGCCAGGAAACCCGUGACACCGAGCACCAGUACUGUGGAUGGUCACUCCCAGUCCCCGCUGGGCCUGACUCAGUCCCAGACACAGAAGUACACAGCAGGACUUGACACUUCUCAAAAUAUUACUCCCAUAUCAACCACCAUGAGUCUGAGGACAAGAGAAGACUCUUCCAUCCUGCCCAGCCCCACAUCAGAGACGGUGCUCACUGUGGCUGCAUUUGGUGUUAUCAGCUUCAUUGUCAUCCUGGUGGUUGUGGUGAUCGUCCUAGUCAGUGUGGUCAGUCUAAGGUUUAAGUGUCGGAAGAACAAAGAGUCUGAAGAUCCCCAGAAACCUGGGAGUCCGGGGCUAUCUGAAAGGUAAGAUUGUCAGAGGUGUAA